AAAACUUUCAUAUGAUUCUUCGUCCAUUGAAAUGAGCUACUUUGAUUAGUGAGCUCCUCGAAAUUCUAUAAAAAAAUAUAAAGAAGAAAGAUAAGGGCUGCCUCCAGGCCAAGAAUUAAUACAUUAUUUAGCAACAACUUUUACUUCCCAUUUGCAAAAGAAAUAUGCAACUCCUCAGGAAUUUUCUUGAUUCUGUCUUCAUUCUUCUAGUUCUUUCUCUCUUAUUCACUGCACAAAUAUCAGUCCAAGCAGCUCCACCAUCAAAAUUAAAGGUCUUCAGAGAAUAUAUAGGAGCAAACUUUAGGAAUGUGAAGUUCACAGAUGUUCCUGUUCAUCCAAAUCUUGAAUUUCACUUCAUUCUUUCUUUUGCCAUAGACUAUGAUUCACUUACUUCUCCUUCCCCUACAAAUGGAAAGUUCAAUGUGUUUUGGGAUUCCAGCAAUCUCAGCCCAUCUGAUGUUUCUUCCAUUAAAAGAAAUCACUCAAAUGUCAAAGUAGCUUUAAGUCUUGGAGGAGAUACUGUUGGUAAUGCUUUUGCUUUCUUCAAACCCUCUUCUAUACAUUCUUGGCAUGCUAAUGCUGUUUCUUCUCUCACCCACAUCAUCAAGAAGUAUAACUUAGAUGGUAUUGACAUUGAUUAUGAACACUUCCAAUCUGAUCCUGAUACAUUCGCUGCUUGUAUUGGGUUGCUUAUACAAACCUUGAAGAAAAAUAAGGUCAUUUCUUUUGCUUCUAUUGCUCCAUACGAUAACGAUGAAGUCCAAAGGAAUUACUUAGCGUUAUGGAAGAGUUAUGGGCAUCUUAUUGACUAUGUAAACUUCCAGUUUUAUGCUUAUGCUGAAGAUACAACAGUGUCUCAGUUCUUGAAUUAUUUCAAGAUUCAAAGCUCUAAUUAUUAUGGUGGCAAGGUCUUGACUAGCUUCCUUACUGAAGGAAGUGGUGGAUUGUCACCAGAAAAUGGUUUCUUUACUGCUUGCAGUGAGCUUAAGAGGCAUAAGCAGCUACAUGGUAUCUUUGUGUGGUGUGCGGAUAACUCAAAGGCUAAUGGUUUUCGAUAUGAGAAGCAAUCUCAAGAUUUAUUGGCAACUUGCAACUAAUUGAUUGUGUGUUUAAUUGUAUGUGGAAAAAUCUGAAGUUGUUUUAAUUGGCAUGCUUGUGGAAAUGAAAUAAAAAUCUGUUCUUCUCUUGUGCCUCAA